CUUAUUACAAAGUUCCACUAAGAUCCGAUGCCAUUCAAAUAUCAGCGCAGGUUCGCGAAAUGCCGUGGAAGGCCAGGGCAGCUUACUGCAAAGUAUCCCAGGAUACUUACCACCGAGACUUUAAAAUAAGUUAUCUCCAAUACCCCAAAAUUCCUUCCUGCCAUCUUCAGAUCAGGGGCAUUGUUCAUGCGUACCAUGAAGGUGAGUAGGGCUUACUACAUGAUCAGCUUCAUGGCCAUCUGUUCGGAGUGUUUUUUGUCGGGAGCGCGAAACACUUUGAGAUGAUGUUCCAUACAUCAUCGCAUCAUAGGCACCACAAGUACAAAGGGUCAUUCAGCAUCACAUAUACGGUCGGUCCUCACGAUUUGCGUCCUCAGCUCACCUUUUCUUUGUCUGCGCUAGGAUGGUGGCAUUAUUCUACUCCUCUCGACUGAGCGUCGCGGGUUUGGUAUCACACAGUAUUGCCAUACUCUGCACCAUCUUCAGGCUUGUUUACAGAGCCUCGACGGGCUACUUCUGGUGGGAAGAUGUAUGGGCGGCAAUUUCACUGAUCGCAGACGUUGUUUGUCUGGCAUGUAUCUGGCUCGACAGAAGGAUUACUUCCUGGAUCCUCACAAUCGCUUUCACCAGUGUCCUGUGGGCUGCGCGCAUGAGCAUCAUUUUUUCCGUCAUCCGCAUCGCCAACCACUCAGGGUGCAAGAUCCACAAACAGAUUACCUAUCUCAUUGCAGCAUCCUUCGCGUGCAUGUGGGCCGCCUUGGUCGCCCAGAAGAUCAGCAUCUGCGAACUCCACCACUGCAGCAUGGGUAAGUCGGUGGCGCUCUCACAUCUAAUCACGGACGUCAUCGCAGAUCUUUCCCUCGUUGCUACGCCGCUACAUCUCUGGAGAAAAGUAGGGCUUUCGCGUAGCAGAAAAAUAUUGGUUCUAUCUGCAUUCGGCGCAUCGCUUCUAGUUACCGCCAUCACAAUCCCUCACUCUAUAAUCCUCCUCAAGGUCCAUAACACAACCACGAUGAUAUUUGCGCACGUCAAGGCUGCGCUCAGUCUCAUCAUAUGCAACCUCCUGGUGAUUGUGACAUUCUUAUAUCGCGUAUACUCAAAGGAUACAUUCGAUCUCCACCAGUCAUUCACAUCCAACGAGGUCUUCUCGAGCGUCGUCAUGCCAAAUACCCGGGUGUCGCUCUCUUUACAAGAGGGGAUAGCCUCGAGACAGUUAACUACGGCGCAGACAGGAGGGACGAAGUUGAAGGAUGAAGACACGAGUGUGCGAUACGCCGAACAGGGUACUAGUACUGAGGGUAGUUAGAGACGCUCAAGGAUGAUCGUUCAGAAAGGAAGUUGCGAAACAUGAUGGUCACCUGCAUUUUUAAGUUGAAGUAUCGUAUUUAUGUUUAGGCAAUCCUUUGCGAAUCUAAGC